UGUAGAACGCUGUUAGCAGACGAUAAUGAAGCUGGUAAAGAGGAGUGUUUGUUUGUGCUUUGCAUGCCUUUCAAUGGUUCCCAUUUGGCCACCCUUUGUCAUGGGGCAAUGUCCUCUUCUGGAACUCUUUCCGACAGACAGCGUCAAGUUUUCCUUCCAUCAAACUGCAUUGACUUUGUUGUCGACAUCUCAGUUGGAGGAACUAGAGUAGCUGAAGGGGUCGUCUAUGCCUGGCUGCCCUACCCACUCCCACAAACUCGCAUGGCCUGUGUCCUAUCGAGGUCCGAAGGCAGUGAUUCAAAGUCUCAUGACCACGUGGGUGAAUCUGGACAAAAUGGUGUGCAGGAUGAAUUGUGGCGAGUUUAUUUCACUCCAAUCGGCCAAGAAGUGAUCAAUGAGUUCUCCCUUCGCUACGGCAUCGAAGGCAUCUUCCAGGCGAUGACCCUCAGCCAGCCCUAA